AUGGCCGCUGCCGAGUUGGGCAAGCUGGUGGACACUGUGGUGGCCGCAGCCAAGAAGGCCGAGGAUGGGGACACAGCGGAGCAGGGCCGCGCCGUGGAUGGGCUCAAGGCGCUGCGGAAGCAGCGAGUGAGCACCAAGGUGCUGUCAGAGACGCAGGCGGGGAAGCGGGUCAAGGCGCUGGCCAAGCACAGCAAGCAGGACAUUGCGGCGGCGGCCUCGGCGGUGGUGGCAGCCUGGAAGGAGGCGGUGAAGCAGGAGGCCGACGGCGGCGGCGCAGCCAGCGGCGCAGCCAGCGCCAGCCUGGGCGGCAGCAGCAAGGCGGCCGCGUCCGCGCCGGCCAGCAGCAGCAGGCAGGCUGGCACCGGCGAGGGCCCCGACGACGCGCAGCCCUCCAGCCAGCAGACGGUGGCGGGGGGCGGCGCUUCCCCUGCGCCGCCGCCGCCGCCGCUCGAGCCCGAGGCGGUACCGCGCAGCGGCGACUCGCUGCGGGACAAGUGCAGGUACAACCUGGCCUCCGACUUCCAGCUGGCGGUGGGGGAGGGCGUGGAGGGAGACCCCGUCGUGUGCGGCGUAGCGGUGGAGAACGAAAUCUUCAAGCAGAACGGCGGCGUGACGCAGGCCACCACGGACCAGUUCCAGUGCGGCAAGUGCAGGCAGCGCAAGUGCACGUACUAG